CAUAAUUUUUUGGUAACUGUCCGUGAACAUGAAAUCAUUGUGCAUUUAUUAAGGAUUUCAAUUAAAAUCAUGGAUUUUGAUAAUAUUUCAAAUUGGAUUACGAAGCCAAACGUUUGCCGAUGCUGUUUGUCGGGUAACGGGACGUGGGACUUGACUACAGCUUAUAUAACAGACACUGGUUUAAAGCAGGUUUUCGCCGAUUUACUUCAGCAUUGUUUUGGAAUUUCUUUAUCAUUCAUAGAUGAGAAGGCAGCCAGUCAUCUGGUCUGUGACGUGUGUGUCGCACAACUUCGUAAUGUCUCAAGUUUCCACACUCAAGUCGUUAAGUGCAAUGAACAGUUCUCACACUAUUGGAUUUCUAGAAAUGAUGAUUUUCAAAAAGUGGCGGAUCACUUAGAUGACACUGGUUCAAAACAAUGUGCUCAAGAUAAUUUUUUUGACGAUAUAGAUAACUUAUCCAGCCCACAAUCUAAAUCUAGUCAGUAUCUACUUAAACCCAGAUAUAAUUUAAAGCAAAAGUCGUCAAAACAGAAGAAAAGUGCCAGUAAUGAAUAUGAUUCAGAUACACCUGUAGCAAGAUGGAAGAAUACUGUACUUGAAGAGUGUGUUAACAAAGUUCCACAGGAUAGGGAAAAUAGGCUUAAAGUGUGUGCCAAUAAAGUUGAAAUUAGUAUAAAAGAUCAAACUGGAAAACAUAAAAAGAAUAUCAAACAAAUAUCCGAACGGAAACGAAUAAUAUUAACAUGCAGUAUUGUACUGCUAGAAACGACCGCUUGCCCUUUUCGCCAUCACAAGAGCUGGUUCCGAUGUUUUUUCUGUACAGACAACUUCAUGGAAAUAAAUUUAUUAAAAAAUCAUUAUUCGAAAUCCCACACGGACUUUGAAGCGGAAAUAAAAAAAAUAAAACGUUACCCGCGUUCGCUGCAAAUAGAAAUUUCGAAUUUGGAAUGCCGCCAUUGUUGUACACUUUUGACAGAUGUCGACAAGAUGGCGGAGCAUUUCGUUCAGGAACACAACAAAGUGAUGUACAAAGAGUGUAUAGCCGAUUACAAAGUCGAUUCGAGUCCUUACAAAUGUCAUUUAUGCGAUAAAGAGUUUCACGUAUUCAGAACGUUGACCACACAUUUGAAUGUGCAUUAUGCGAAUUGUAUAUGCGAUGUUUGUGGGAAAUCGUUUAUAAAUUCCAAACGUUUGAUAGUCCAUAGAAAAACGCACGAAAAUGGCGCAUAUCCGUGUACAGCUUGCGGGAAAGUCCUAAAAACUAAGACAUCCCAAUCGAAUCAUAUGGAGAGCCAUUCAAAACGCGUUGUAAAAUGUCAAAUAUGUUUCAAACCUAUGAAACAUUACAAUGAUCGUAUAAAACACAUGUCUCUAGUACACGAUAUCACGCAUAAAUUCAAAUGCCCGUUUUGCGAUAGGGUCUACAAUAUUAAACAUUAUCUAGCGACGCAUAUAAGACAGACUCAUGGUAAUAAAAAUAAAAAGUGUAAAGUUUGCAAUAUGGCCUUCAUAACCAAUCACAGUUUGAAGAAACAUAUGUCAAAGCACACGGGUGAAAGGCCUUUCACUUGUACUAUAUGUUCUAAAUCGUACGCUAGGAGUUAUACUUUAAGGGAACAUAUGAAGGCACAUGAAAACGAUAAAUAGUUGUCUUUAUAGUUGAUGGAAAUGUUAGAUUAUUUAAUUUAUUUGUUAUUCUACAAAAACAUUGAAAUUAAGCCUAACCAUAGUGCAACACAAACCACAGUUGGUUUUACUGUGCACUGGUUGUUAUUACAUAAUACAAUAUCUUAGAAAACUAACAAACAAAAAGAGAGAAACAAAGAACAAUCAUUGUAAUUGUUAUGCACAGAUUAAAGAAUACCAGGCAGAUAGAGCGCACGGAACUAGACGGUGUCGUAGCCGCUCCAAAUACAAAUUCAAAAACGAUUACAUUCUCGAGUCAGUACGACACGAAGCGUUGCAUCAGUAAUAAUUCAAUAUUAUUGAAGAAUAAUGGCGUCUUAUGUUUUUAGAUAUUUUAAAACUGUUCACAAAAAAUA